AUGAAUGUGUUGACCUAUUCAGAGUUUUGUAACAUUGUGGGUGAAUCAAUUCUUGAAAAAUGUGGAACAGUCUCGUCCAUUUUAGAGUCAGAUGAUAACUUUUUUGCAAUUUACAAUUUAUGGCAAACAUUUGAGGCUGCAUCGGAAAACAAUAAUAAUUAUAGAAUUAAUAAUGACGUGGACCGUGGCCCUUUCGAAAUCGUAGAAGACAAUUAUGUGACUGAUAUUAUAGAAGAUGACGAAACCCCUAGGAUGAUUCUUGAUGAAUUUACAGACCAUUAUGUGGAAAGAAUAAAAGCAAAACAGUUAAAAAAGAUUGAUGAAGAAGCUGCAAAAGAGGAAAGAAAGAGACUAAGAGAAGAAAAGAAGAAGGAAAAAGAGAACAGUAUACCUAAGAGAAAAUCAAGAAAAAAAGUGAUGGAAAAAGCAAAACAAAGAUAA